AUGGCAAAGCAGGCUUUCGGGGGCAUAGCGCCUGUGAUUGCUCUGUGGAUCUGACUUCCUCUCUCUCUUGAAUUCAGAUACAAAUGCAGACUUAUUUCUUUUAAUUCUCCUACUCUUGCUAGCAACCUGUGGACUUGAGAUCUAACUGGUGCAAGGAGGUAAGCUUGUGGGCAGCACUCCAGUGCCCGAUCCUGUGACACCUCGACGCAGUCUUCAGAGGCAAGUCCCCCAAUUCAGCUCCUUUGGCAGGUUCCGGACGUAUUCGCGUCCAGGACUAGAAACCAUAAAUGUGCCCUUCUGCCCCUCGCCUUUCUGCCCGCCUUAGUUUCCGUCCUUAAUUGACAAGCCAGUGACUAUUGGCUGAAGUUCCCCAGCGAUUUGCAUGAACGGAGAGGGAGUGUCUUCUGCCACCCUCCCUUCAGGAGCGCGUUGACUGCAGCCUCCCUGGGAAUGCGCGGCCAAGGGAAUGCGCGCAGCUCGCCGGCCCUGGCAGUGAGCUGGCGCCCAGCGACCUGGCACCCGCGCCUGGAUAUGGGGCAUCUACAUCGUCCCAGGAGCAGCACCAGCCACAGGAACCUACCGCAUGUGUUCCUGUUUUUUCUCUUCGUGGGACCCUUCAACUGCCUCGCGAGUUACAGCCGAGCCACGGAGCUUCUGUACAGCUUGAACGAAGGACUGCCGGCGGGAGUGCUCAUCGGCAGCCUGGCUGAGGACCUGAGGCUGGUACCCCGGGCUACAGGGAGACAGAAUCAGCAGUCCCUGCCAGAGUAUGCCAGCUCGAGCGCUGAGUGGAAUCCCCCUCUCUCUUUCAGCCUGGCCUCUGGGGGACUAAGUGGCCAGUAUGUGACCCUAGACAACCGUUCUGGGGAGUUGCACACUUCUGCACUGGAGAUAGACAGAGAAGCCCUGUGUCUUGAAGGGGGUGGAGGAGCUGCCUGGGGUGGCAGCAUUUCCAUCUCCUCUCCUUCUUCUGACUCUUGCCUUUUGCUUCUGGAUGUGCUAGUUCUGCCUCAGGAAUACUUCAGGUUUGUGAAGGUGAAAAUUGCCAUCAGGGAUAUUAAUGACAAUGCUCCACAGUUCCCUGUUUCCCAAAUCUCAGUUUGGGUCCCAGAAAAUGCACCUGUAAACACCAGGUUGGCCAUAGAGCAUCCUGCCGUGGACCCAGAUGUAGGCACUAAUGGGGUGCAGACUUAUCGCUUGUUGGACUACCAUGGCAUGUUCACCCUGGAUGUGGAGGAGAAUGAGAAUGGGGAGCGUACCCCCUACCUAAUUGUCAUGGGUGCAUUGGACAGGGAAACCCAGGACCAGUAUGUGAGCAUCAUAAUAGCCGAAGAUGGUGGGUCUCCACCACUGUUGGGCAGUGCCACUCUCACCAUUGGCAUAAGUGACAUUAAUGACAAUUGCCCUCUCUUCAUAGAUUCACAAAUCAAUAUCACUGUAUAUGGGAAUGCUACAGUUGGCACUCCAAUUGCAGCUGUUCAGGCUGUGGACAGAGAUUUGGGUACCAAUGCUCUGAUUACCUAUAGUUAUAGCCAGAAAGUUCCACAAGCAUCCAAGGAUUUAUUCCAUCUGGACGAAGCUACAGGGGUCAUUAAACUUUUCAGCAAGAUUGGAGGAAAUGUUCUACAAACUCACAAACUCACCAUCCUUGCUAAUGGACCAGGCUGUAUUCCUGCUGUGAUCACUGCUUUAGUGUCUAUUAUCAAAGUCAUUUUUAGACCACCUGAAAUUGUCCCACGUUAUAUAGCAAAUGAGGUAGAUGGAAUUGUUUAUCUGAAAGAACUGGAACCUGUUAACACUCCAAUUGCAUUUUUUACCAUAAGAGAUCCAGAAGGUAAAUACAAGGUUAACUGCUACCUGGAUGGUGAAGGGCCAUUUAAGUUGUCACCCUACAAACCGUACAAUAAUGAAUAUUUGCUAGAGACCUCAAAACCUAUGGACUAUGAGAUGCAGCAGUUCUACGAAAUAGCUGUGGUGGCCUGGAACUCAGAGGGAUUUCAUGUCAAAAGAAUCAUUAAAGUGCAACUUUUAGAUGACAAUGAUAAUGCUCCUGUUUUCCUUCAGCCCUUGAUAGAGCUUACUAUUGAAGAAAAUAAUGCACCCAAUGCCUUUUUGACUAAGCUGUAUGCUACAGAUGCUGACAGUGGAGAGAGAGGCCAAGUUUCCUAUUUCCUGGGACCUGAUGCUCCAUCAUAUUUUUCCUUAGACAGUGUUACAGGAAUCCUGACAGUUUCUACUCAGCUGGACCGAGAAGAGAAAGAAAAGUACAGGUACACUGUCAGAGCUGUUGACUGUGGGAAGCCACCCAGAGAAUCAGUAGCCACUGUGACUCUUACAGUUUUGGAUAAAAAUGACAACAGUCCUCGGUUUAUCAACAAGGACUUCAGCUUCUUUGUGCCAGAAAACUUUCCCGGAUAUGGUGAAAUUGGAGUAAUAAGUGUAACAGAUGCUGAUGCUGGGCGAAAUGGAUGGGUUGCCCUCUCCGUGGUGAACCAGAGUGACAUCUUUGUCAUAGAUACAGGGAAGGGCAUGCUGAGGGCUAAAGUCUCUUUGGACAGAGAGCAGCAAAGCUCCUAUACUUUGUGGGUUGAAGCUGUUGACGGGGGUGAGCCUGCCCUCUCCUCUACCACAAAAAUCACAAUUCUCCUUCUAGAUAUCAAUGACAAUCCUCCUCUUGUUUUAUUUCCUCAAUCUAAUAUGUCUUAUCUGUUGGUACUGCCUUCUACUCUCCCUGGCUCCCCAGUUACAGAGGUCUAUGCUGUUGACAAAGAUACAGGCAUGAAUGCUGUCAUAGCUUACAGCAUCAUAGGGAGAAGAGGCCCUAGGCCUGAGUCCUUUAGGAUUGAUCCUAAAACUGGCAACAUUACAUUGGAAGAGGCAUUGCUGCAGACAGAUUAUGGACUGCAUCGCUUACUGGUGAAAGUGAGUGAUCAUGGUUAUCCUGAGCCUCUCCAUUCCACCGUCAUGGUGAACCUAUUUGUCAAUGACACUGUCAGUAAUGAGAGCUACAUUGAGAGUCUUUUAAGAAAAGAACCAGAAAUCAAUAUAGAGGAGAAAGAACCACAAAUCUCAAUAGAACCAACUCAUAGGAAGGUAGAAUCUGUGUCCUGUAUGCCCACAUUAGUAGCUCUGUCUGUCAUAAGCUUGAGUUCUAUCACACUAGUUACAGGGAUGGGCAUAUAUAUCUGCUUGAGGAAGGGGAAAAAACACAGAGAAGAUGAAAAUUUGGAAGUACAAAUUCCUCUAAAAGGAAAAAUUGACUUGCAUCUGAGAGAGAGAAAACCAAUGGAUAUUUCUAAUAUUUAAUAUUUCAUUGUGGAUUAACAGAGAGCUGUUUUAACUGACUUUGGAUAGUUUUCUUUGCCUACACAAGAAUAUAUUGAUGGCAGUUCCAAUGAAGGAUGACUAAUUUAUAACUUAUAUUGUAAAUAGCUGUUUACAGGUUUUUAAAUUCAAAUUCAGAGUUAUAAAAUGUGUACAGCAUUUUUAAAUGAAAAUUAGUACUAACAGCUAUAGAAUUGUUAUUUAUAAUACAGCUUGGACAUGAUUUGCAGCUUUCAUACACCAAGCAAAUGAUUGAUAAAACCUGGGAAGUAAGGUAAGAAAAAUGAUACUUUUUUUUUUUUUUCAUCUAAAAGUCUUUUCACCACAAGAGGGCAUGAGCUGCUCCUUUGCAGGGAACUGUUUGAGGUAUUGUACAUGACAGUUGUUGUACAUGAAAUUAAUGAGAGAGUAUAUUUUAAAUAUGUUUUUAACAUUAAAUAAAUGUAAAAUUACAUUGAAUUUUGCCCUAAUUAAAUAUAUGCUAUGAAAGAAAAUAAAUGUACUUAGAAUGUUUAUUACCUCAUAGGUACAUCAUGUAUAGUUUGAAAGAGAAGGCAUUAAAAAGAAGUGCAAUUCCUUCUUAGCAAGGAUAAAAACAUUGCCAUGUGUUUGGACUGGUGAAGAGUAUUUUACUUUCUGUGUACUCAAAUUGCUUUCUGUUUGCUUUACCAUGAGACUUGCUAUGAUUACAGGGGAAAAUAUAUGUAUCCUUCUUUACAGAAAAUGUAAUUAGAAAUUGUGCUCCCCCCAAAACAGCCAGAAGCAAAUAAAGGUCUCAAUCCUUAUUUGCUUUUUAGUGUUCAUGACAUUUUAGUGCUUUCAAUAUUUGUCAGUAGUAAUUUGUACUUGGUUAUACAUUAGAUUUUUAUAUGCUUAAACUCAUCUAUCACAUAAGAAAACAAAAAGCACAUUAAAACCAAAUUAUUCUAGAAGCUAGUCUGUGCUACUGGUUGUUUUAGUUGGGCAUUUAUAUGAAAGUUAUACUUUCCUUUUAUUGUUUAGGUUGUUGGCUACCAUUUCUGGCUUCCUUUCUUUGGCUUUGGAUUAGAUCCAAGAGUUUAUUUGUAAGCCCAGCAGCCGAUUCCUUUGAUAAUUUAGCUUUUUCUGAAUGUUUUGCAAUGAAGAAAACUGGUCCAUCACUGGAUUUAUCACUUUUGCUUCAUUGUAUGAGCUGGAAAUUUUAUUUUAUCUGAGCACUAUAACAAAAUCUGUAUAAACAAGGAAUGUGUUAGCUUAAACUGGAUCAUCUUACUUUUUUGCAUCAUGUGUCUGUAUUGUACCAAAAGUGUUUAUAUGUCUGCAAAUUAAAGGUAUAUAUUUUCAUAAUUUCUUUCUCAUUUUUACCAUUUUAUAUUUGAACAUGGGCUUGUUCUUUUACUGAAGUGCCUAUAUUGGCAUCAGUUUGGCUUUAGGGUUAAAUAUGGGUAAACUAGUAUUCUGUGCUAAAGUUUAUCUUAAACUAAUUCAUUACUAAAUUGAACACUGGGUAAGUUAGUAAGUUUAGGUGUAUAGAAAUAGACAGCAGAGAGUCUGACUAUAUGUUUCAUGUAAGUUCAUGAAAAUUUUACACCCUUUCAUAUACAUAUGCAUAUUAAUUUAUUAUAGAUUUAAUAUUAAUUAUAAACUUUCCUUCUGUCACAUACUUACAGCAAAUCUUUCAUUUCCUGUGUUUCAUUAGCUUUCAAUAGUUUCUCAAAGUAAAAAUACACUGAAAAUGAUAAUUUAAUGCAAAUCCCAAGGACCAUUUGAAUUUGUAUUAAUUCAUUUUUCUUGUUUACUUCAACUUGAGAAUUUGAAUAAAUAAAAAUAAGCAUAUGAGGCAGUAGUGUUUGUUACAAAAAUAAAUAUAUUUUUAUCAUGAAUUACUUUUGUAUGUGAAGUACUUGAGCUAAGAGACUAAGAUCAUUUAACCCACAAAACUUUUCAUUCAUACUUGAUAUAUUGCAGUAGAGAAAACCAUACUUUUUCAAUCAUAUUUUACUUCUUGCGUUUUUUUAAGGAAGAAGCUACAUGAGAUACAAGUAGUGUGGUUAAUAAAAAAUAAACUCUGCAUAAGUGCAAUGACUUUUACUAUCAGUGUAAAUUAUUUAAAAAAUUCUAUUCUUUUCUAAAUUUGAAGAAGAUUCAUAUGUUGUGGGGUAUGAACUUCAUCUCCAGCAUGAAUAAUGUUUGUAACUUUAAUAAAACGAUGUAUUUCUUAAUA